UAUGGAAAGUGCGACAUAUAAAAUCCUGAGACAACACAAGCCCGCAGAAGCAAGAUAAGAAAUCACAACGAGAAAUUUUUGAGGAAGGGAGAAAGAGGAACCAUGAACGUAGAGGAAGAGGUUGAGCGACUCAAGGAAGAGAUCCACAGACUCGGCAAGAUCCAACCUGAUGGAUCCUAUAAGGUCACCUUCGGUGUGCUAUUCAAUGACGAUAGAUGUGCAAACAUAUUUGAAGCAUUGGUUGGAACACUAAGAGCAGCAAAGAAGCGUAAAGUACUUGCAUAUGAUGGUGAGCUAUUACUGCAGGGUGUGCAUGACAAUGUGGAAAUCACACUAAAGCCACCACCUCAGCCAGCAUAGCAUCGGCUGACUCGGUUUUCGAGAAUGAAUGGAAUGCCAGAAUUUCAUGCAGCAGAACUUGUUUCUGCUGUUAAAUGCAGUAAAUGCUAUUAUAUAGUUAAUGUUGCUUGUGACAAGAAAGAAGUGUCUUAUUUAUGUAUCUUGAUUUACAUCUGUUGAGUUUCUGUAUGAAAAAACACACGAGAGAUGUUGGUGAAUAGAAUUUAUGGAUGUAUUUGCUUGUUUUAAAAUUUUGGCCACAGUUUUGGCUCCA